AUGGCCUCCUCCCUGAAUUAUGAUCGUGGUCUCUAUGAUGUAGAUCAUCUCAAGAACCCUUUCUUGGACGCAAACUUGCUGGAUGACAACAGCAGCAAUAGGAAUUUAAUCAUCAAAUCUUGGUCAUCUUACAAUAAAUCAUCUCGAGAUAUUCUUUUCUACGUUUUUGGCUGGUAUUUUUUGGCUUUAACUAUCUCUUUAUACAAGAAAUGGUUGUUUAGUAACCCUUCACUUAAUCUAUCUUAUCCAUUUAUCAUAGCUUCAUUUAAUUAUUUUAUUUUGUUUAUCAUAAGUUUACUAGUCUUACUAUUUUCCUCGUCUUUAAGAUCUUCAAUUCGGAAAAAUAUCAAUCAGAUUCAAUUAAUUAAUAAUGAUUUUGAUGUCAUUGAUAAUAUUCCCAAUUUGAAUUCGAAUUCCAACUCUAAUUCCAAUUCAAAUCUCAAUUCAAAUCUCAAUCCAAAUUUCAAUCCAAAUUUUGACUUCAAUCUCAAUUCUAAUAAUAAUAAUAACAACUAUCUACAAUUUAAAUUUAAAGAUUACUUUAUGGAACCAAAAUUAUAUUUAUUAACAAUCUUACCAUGUGCAAUAGCUGCAGGAAUCGAUAUGACUUCAGCUAAUUAUAGUCUAAAAUUCUUACCUUUAAAUUCUAUUACUGUUAUUAACUUAUCUUCUUUUACAAUUUUCUUAUUGUUUUUUGGGAUUCUUUUCCAUUUAGAAAUAUUCUCAUUUACAAUAAUCAACAUAGUGAUUAUAAUCACUAUCGGUUUAAUUUUUCUCUUAACUGGUAACCAUAGCAAUAUCCCUUCUUCAAUCUCAAUUUUUUCGAGUCAUAAACAAAUAGGUUAUGUCUUAAUAUUAACUUCAUCUUUUUUCUCAGCUUUUAAAUACAGUUUAAUUCAUUUACUUCUAACCAGAAAUAAAUUUACUUUUAAUCCAGUUGCAAUGAUUUUUUACCUAUCUCCUGCAGUCUCAACGAUUUUAUUCUUUUUAAGCAUUCUUAUAGAAUCAAAUAUUAACGAUUUCAUAAAUAACGAUAUUUGGACUCAAAGAGGAAAGUUUACUGUUUUUUUCUUGUUAUCAAUUCCCGGAAUAUUAUCAUUUUUCAUAUUAGUUUGUCAAUUUAAUCUUUUAAAGAAAACUCACCUUAUAACCUUCUCAGUCUUUGGUAUAAUCAGGAUUAUAUUAAAAUAUUUAGCUUCUGUUAUAAUAUUCGAAGAUUCUUUUAGUUUAAAUAACUUUUUCGGUUUAAUUGUACUUAUUUGCUCAAUAAUUUGGUUCAAUCAUUUCCGGUAUAUUCAAUCAUUUCAAAAUAUCGAGAAUUUUAGACAGUCUGACAUAGAAUUUCAAAAUUAUUUUCAUAAUCUGAGAGUUAAUUAA